AUGGUCAAGCAGGUGCUUGCGUGGAGAAAAGACACUGGAGUGGAAGCAGAAAAGGUGUGGGAGGGAUUGCAGAACGUCAACGAGGGGUUGUCACAAGAGUUGGUCAAAUUGGCUGAGAGUGGAUCAAAGGACUACUCGGAACUCAGACAACGCAUUCAGGCGAUCAGACAUAGCAUCCGCGAGAUGAGCAAGCAGAGUGGAGUGCCGAUCGAACCACCGGCACAGACGAAACUACUGGACGCAUGUAGCGAGGUCGAGGGCGUGGUUGGCGGAGUAGUGCCCGGCGCAGGAGGAUAUGAUGCAGUUGCUCUGUUGAUCGAAGACGGGGAAGAGGUUGUUGAGAAGCUGAAGGAGCUCUUGUCUGAUUGGAAGAUCGAGGGCGAGACAGAUGGCAGCAUGGGCAAGGUUAGCAUGCUAGGAGUAAAGCAGGAGAUGUCUGGAGUCCGAGUGGAGCAGGCUAGCCACUAUGUGGAGUGGUCGGAGUAG